UUUAGCUGUGAUGGAAAUGCUGGGAGGGUCAGGAGGAAUGAACAGCUCCUGGCUCCUUCUCUGCACUGCGGAUGCCACCCAGUCGAAAAGGAUAACCCCAGCUUCAGAUCUUAGCAAAAAAAGAAGGUAUUUUUCAUUCCUGGCAAGAGAUGCAGCCUGGUUCAAAGCCUGGAAUUCACACGGGAGGAGCAGCUCCAGCAACGCAACGGCAGAUCCCUGCUCAAGGGCUGAGCUGGGCUUGGGCCUUCUCACCUCUCGGUGGGCAGCUGCAACGCCUCCGUACAGGCCAGGGAUGGGACGAGAUCCAAGGACAGCUCCCGGUGGCAGCGCUGGGAGAAGCCCGUAUCAUCCAGGCUUGGCCCCACACCAGUUUCCCAAAGAGGAAAAGCAUCCAUUGAAAAUGUAAGUUAAAGUAUGAAGACAUUUGAUCUUGACCCCCAGCAAUGUCCCGGCGUGUAGUGCAGUCGGUACUUCUUGCCCUUCUGGGUGGACUCCACGGUGAGUGGACGUUUGCAGUAGCGUCGCCCAGGGUGGCUGGAGGACGUAGCGAGGCUGGAUGCAGGAGCAGGCCCUGCUCCGUCGUGCGCUCUUCCAGGAUCAGGCCACCAGGCCUUGGGGCUGGCACGAAAGGGGAGACCACGGGGCUCCCUCGGAGCAAUGCCCUUGGCCCAAGGACUCGCAAGUGGCAACGUCCUCCCCCCCCCCUCCCCCGGGUGCCCCCACAGCCUUUGUGAGGUGCUGGGGAGCACCGUGGCGAUGGGUGGACUGAGACCGGCAUAAAACUUCCCACGGGCAGGACUGCAGGACACAGAGCUCAGAGCCAAGGGCAUCGUGGGUGCAGAGCCGAGGGAUGGCAAGGCACAGCAAGGAGAUAUGAAGAUGCCAAGUAGCAAACGGAGCACGCCCAAAGACCAGGGCGAGGAUUCCCACCAAACCCCAGGCGAUGCCUACUGGAUCUUCAUGUCUCCAUCACCGCAUGGAGACCGCGAUCAUCUGAGCCUGCCCAGCAGUGGGAAGGGCAGCUGCACCUCUUUGAGGGAGCUAUUGCAAGACAUCACGAAGAAAAUGGACCAGAACCUGGAACUCAUUAAUGCCAUGGACAACAAACUCACAGCUCUGAGCGUUCACAUGUGCACGCUAGAAGGGCUGAUCACCAGCUUGGACAAGUCAACUGCUGAGACAGACGUGCUGAUCCAGAGGCACAAGGAGGAAACGCAAAAAUGUGUGCAGGCCCUGGAGCACCUUAGGCAUGAAAACCGCUGCCUCACUGCCCGUGUGGAGCAGCUGGAGAGACAGGCCCCAGCCUCCAGCCUCAGGAUCCUUGGCUUACGGGAAGGGGAGGAGGGCAAGGAUCUGGUGGGCUUCCUGGAGCAAUGGUUGCCCCACGUCUUGCACCUCGACACAAGGGAGGAGCCUAUCAUAGUGGAAAGAGCCUUCUGGGUGGGAAAUGGGAGGCAGAGACGAGGCUCCGAGCAGCGCAGGAGUGUGAUUGUUCGUGUAGCCAACGUCAGGGUUAGAGACCGAAUCCUGCAGCAGGCCAGGAAGCUGAAAAGCAUCACGUACAAGAGGAAAGAGAUCCUAAUCGUUCCAGAUGUAGGCCCCCUUCCUCCAGGUAGAAGGAAACACUCAGCGGGCUGAUAGCAAUUUAUGGGGGAGAGCAUGGAAAAGAAUCGCCCGUGUCUUUCCAAGCAGAGCUGGCAGAAGACCCACAAGGCUGGGGAGGACAUGAUCGCUCUUCCCCAAAUGGGAGCAAUGUCAGGGGGUAUCUGCCUGUGCGGGGCUGGGAGGCUGCAGGCCUGGGGGAAGGAGCGGAGAAGAGGAAGGCGAUUGCUAAGCCCGGGAGCAACGGGGGAGGCGGUCUGCAAGGUGGGGUCUGAGCAGCGCUAACCUGGUCCCUCGCAGGCUCGG